CGGCCAUUUUCAAAUCUGUGUUCAGUUCAAGGAUAAUUGCUGGCAGAAUAUUCCACGUUCAAGAAAACGAAAAUAGACAUGUAUCGUCCAGCAUCAAGUAGCAGCAGCAGACGUUCAUCUGCCAGCAGUGGACGUUCUUCAUUAGCCCCGCUGAGAGUCAAACAAGAUAACGGUGGCAGAGCUAGCACUGGGGGUGUGUCUAAACGUCACAGCACUGACAGUGGACCUAGCAGCAGCAGACCCUCAACAGGAAAUAGAAAAUCGGUGUCGCAGAAACACGGAUUCGUCAACACAAAACGACAAUCAAGCGGGUAUGGAGGAAGAACCUUUGGUCAUGACAUCUUGAAAGACACACGGCCGCUCAGUAGCAAGCCCUUCAUGCAGAGAGAAAUCAGAGACUUGGUCGAGUUCCUGACGCAGCAAGGCUAUCCUCAUCCCAUCAACGUUAAGAUGCUGACCACACCCACCACCAAAGACUUCUUGAAGGUUUUCCAGUUUCUCUACAACUUCAUGGACCAGAAAUACGUGCCUGCUCCGAAAUUUGAAGAGGAGAUUCCUCAGAUCUUCAAGACUCUCAAAUAUCCUUUCAACAUUUCCAAGAGCUCUAUGUUCACUGUCGGCAGCCCUCACACGUGGCCUCAAAUUCUUGGGGCGCUUCACUGGAUGCUGGAUUGUGUUAAGUAUGCGCUUGCUGUGGAUCCACAUUUGAUGCUUUUCUCGGAUCAGCAGACUGACGAUCCAACGAAUGAAUUUGACUCCGUGACCGAGACAGAGGUUUUAUUCAACUAUGUGGAAGGAACGUAUAAGGAGUUUCUUAACGGAGCAGACACGUUUGAAGAUCGGGAGGAGAACCUGGCACAAAGCAUGAGAGAACAGAGCUUGGGACAGACAGGAAACCUUAAACAGCUUGCAGCCGAGGAGCAGCGUUUGGCAACUGAGCUGCAGCUUCUUCAGCAAGAACCGUGUCGACUGACAGGUCUUCAGGAGCAGGCGCAGAUGAUGGCGAGCGAUAACGAGCGCUUCUUCAAGUACCUCCAAGACCUCAAAGAACAUAAGCGGGUCCAUCAACAGAAGGAGCAAGACAUAGAGAUGCAACUGCAACAAGCAGAGCUGGAAGCAGAGCAAGCUGCGAGUGAGAAGCAGAAACUGGAACACCAGCUGGCCAACCAGGAGCUGUCGGCCAGCGACGUUCAGCGCCUCCACUCCGAGAUGAGACAGCUGAACGCCACCCUGGACGCCAUCGAGAAAGACAAGCAGGAUAUCGAUCAGGCCAUAUGGGAUGAAGAGAAACAGAUCGCUAAAAAGAAGGAGCACCUGGAGAAACAUGUGACUCAGUUCAACAGUAUGGCAAGAAGUCUGAGUCUGAUUCCGACAACGGCUGAGAACGCCCACGGCAUCGACUACGAGAUGAGAGUCAACUUCUACAACGUCCAAGACAGUAAAACCUCGCUCACCACUGACUUUACCAGCACAAUUAAGCCUGCCCUCAAUCAGCUGAAGAAACAAGCGAACGAAGAAGUGCAUAAGCUGAACAGCCAGAGACUCCUUGAAGAAGAGGCACUUGAACAGUUAACCGAGAUGGUGGAAAGCAAGCAAGAGGAAAUCAGCAAACUCGAUGGAAAGCUUGAAGCUCAAAUAAAGAAGUUGGCUUCAAUCAAAGAGAAAGUGAAAGAAGAAGGUCGUCUCUUAAGUGAAGAGCAGAGCACCCUAGAGCAGAAGUUACAACAGUUGCAAACCCUUGGCGCAACGGACCUAGCAAGAGCACAAGCUGAGCUGAAAGAACUCAUUGCAAGGUACAACGAAGCUUGCAGAACAAUGAAGCAAGAAGAGAAAGAUUACGACAAGUUUCUUGCAAAAGCCACCAUCAAAGUUGUUGAACACACCACUAUCAUCAACGGUCGUAUUUCUGAGAUUGAUGAUCAAGCAUCGAGAAUAGUGGACCAUCUGAAGAAUCUAGAGCUCCCCUCAGCAGCGCCUUCUAUCCCAUAAACACGUACACACCGACAAUC